AGAGAAAGAGGAAAACAGGAAGAGAAACAGAGGAAAGUGUGGGGGCAAACGAAGAGGAAAGGGAGGGAGGGGUAAGACAGGAAGAAGAGUGCAGGGUGAUGGGAAACAUCAACAAGGCUUCUAAAAAGAACAGUAAAAGGAAGAAGGGGGAGUCGCCGGUAGAACGAAGCGACACCCCAUUGGCUGCCGCCAUGCUGGGGGGCCUGGGUGGUGCAGGGGAGGUGGACACGGAUGACGAGGAGGAAGGAGGGAGCGAGCGGGAGUUUGAUGAGCCCCUGUGCGCUCUGGUUAAGAACUGCAACAUGCUGCACAACUUAGUGGGGCCUGCUUGUAUCUUCCUCAGACAGGGCUUCGCACAGAGCCAGCUUGACAGAGAUCUACGACCAGAGGAAAUGGAAGAGCUGCGUGAGGCAUUCAGGGAGUUUGACAAAGACAAGGAUGGCUUCAUCAGCUGUAAGGACCUGGGCGAGUGCAUGAGGACUAUGGGAUACAUGCCAACAGAGAUGGAACUGAUAGAACUCAGCCAGCAGAUCUGUGGUGGCAGAGUGGAUUUUGAAGACUUUGUGGAAUUGAUGGGUCCCAAGAUGCUCGCUGAGACUGCAGACAUGAUAGGAGUCAAGGAGUUGAGGGACGCCUUCAAAGAGUUUGACUCUGAUGGCGAUGGUCAGAUCAGCCUUGGGGAACUGAGGGAAGCCAUGAAGAAGCUAAUGGGGGAGCAGCUCAACCACCAUGAGAUCGACGAGAUCCUGCGAGACGUAGACCUCAAUGGGGACGGACAGGUGGACUUUGAAGAGUUUGUGCGAAUGAUGUCUCGCUGACUCUUCACCAAACCUCACUCUACUGCACUAAACGCAACAUGGACCAGACAGCACACUGUUAAUGUUCUUGUAAUGUUUCUUGAUGUACAAAGACUUCUUGGUGUCUGUAUUUUUUUCAAUUCCAUAAUAUCUCAAGUAUAAGACAAUCCCUUUAAUGUGUUACUGUUGUAUGAAUGUAAAAUGUAUUUAACAUGUAAUGAGAGAUUAUAGAGUGAUGACUGAGCAAGGAGAUGGUUUAACCAAAGCUGUGGUGUCUUUAGAAGUGAAUCUAAAUUUGAAUAUAUUUGAACUGAGAAUCACAUACCACACAUACCAUCACACACACAUACACACAAUUUAGUUUAUAGUACAUUACAUGAGUAACUUAUUGGAUCAGUUCACACAAAUUGGAAAAAAACAUUUUCUCACAUACUCUAAGUAGUAUCCAGUCACCUAGUUAGGUGAGUUAGGUUCAGGAUUAACCCUAACAUUAGUUUAGGGUUGUUGUUUUUUAUUUUCGUAAUUUGGGUGUACUGACUCUUUAAAUAUGCAGUUUACUACGUUACCUGACUUGAAUCUGAAGUUAUUAUCACAAUUUCAAUAAUGCCACAUCUAAAAUCUUCAAUUCAAACUUGAAUUUAACUGUUAUGACUGUGUGAUAUUUUUUAUAGUGUAGAUAGCAAAAGUGAGUACUUUGUUAAUAAUAGAGCAAGUCAAUUAAAUUAUAUAUACAUCUUUAUUGUACAAACUACCACAUUAAUUCACAACAUAUCAAUUACUUUUAGCAUUAUCUUCAGCUGUGCGCGUUUGAUAUAAUUCAACCAACACAGGCAAAUAAAAUUCUUGCACAUACUGUAAUUUUUAAUCUCAAAUAUCUUUUUGAUAAAGAUUUGAUAACACUAACAGGAUUACUUUUGGUGUCUGCUACACAUCUGUGCACAUCUAGUUUAUGUCCAUUCAUUUCCCUGUUCAGGUGGAAAUUAAUGGACAGACUCAAAGUACAGUACAUGUUUAUUUUAUGCAAUCGUAUAUACAUGCUUAAUGUUUUAUUUGUACAGCGUUCAACAGGUCAGAUCUUUAAAAAAAAAAGUGUUGUAAAUAAAAAAGUGAAUUGGAGUGACAAUAAACUAGUUUUAUUGACCAGA